CUUUUGUGACCGGGACAUGUUUCCCGACAAAUGUCCAGGCAUUAUUUGAACCAUUGGCGGGAAUGUUUCAGCAUGGAUAGCACGAUGGGGGUAGUGAUUUAUCCGUGAUAGUUUGUCCCUCUUUUCUACCUUUAUUAGAGUACCAUGUGCGGCUCCGAACAUCCUGUCCUGUCCUGAAAGCGCCACAAUAGAGAACGAUGAAUGCACAACUUGAAGACCUCAAGGGAACGCUGAGGAGCGACUUCUACUGGGGCUAUGCCACUGCCGCUGCACAGAUCGAGGGUGGUUGGAAUGCCGACGGGAAAGGCGAGUCGAUCUGGGAUCAUUUCGCGCACACACCUGGCAAAGUGAAGGAUGGUAGCACCCCCGACGACGCCGUGCUCUCCUACUACAAAUAUAAAGAGGAUGUGGCACUGCUUAAAUCCUACGGCGUAACGGCCUACCGUUUCUCCCUCUCAUGGUCACGCAUCAUCCCUCUCGGCGGCGCUGCAGACCCUGUCAACGAAGCGGGCAUCGCAUACUACUCUUCUUUAGUUGACGAGCUUCUAGCUAAUGGAAUCACCCCAUUUGUAACAUUAUUCCACUGGGAUACGCCGCAGGCACUGGAGGAGCGCUACGGGGGCCUCCUCAACCAAGAAGCCUACACGCCUGAUUUUGUCCGAUACGCUCGUGUCUGUUUUGAGCGCCUCGGUGAUCGAGUAAAGCACUGGAUUACCUACAAUGAGCCAGGCGUGUACACCCUUGCUGGAUACGCAGCUGGUGUUCAUGCGCCGGCGCGUUCUUCAUUCCGUGACCGUAAUGCCGAGGGCGACUCAUCCACUGAGCCCUUUACCGUCGGACACACAGAGCUCGUCUCCCACGGAUAUGUCGCAAAGAUGUACCGCGAGGAAUUUAAGCCGUCGCAGAAGGGCAUGAUUGGAAUCACUCUGCAUGGAAACUUCAGCGAGCCAUGGGACGUAGAGGAUCCCCUCGACGUUGCAGCGGCGCAGCGCGCCCUCGAAUUCGAGAUUGGGUGGUUUGCUGAUCCAGUGCAUAAGACCGGUGACUAUCCUGCCUCCAUGCGCGCUCAGCUAGGUGACCGUCUACCGCGGUUCACACCUGAGGAAUCGGCGCUGGUGAAGGGGUCGUCGGACUUCUACGGCAUGAACAGCUACACCACUUUCUACGUCAAGCACAAGACUACCCCCCCCGACAUCAACGAUCACAAAGGAAACAUUGAGCAAUGCGAGACAAACAAGCAAGGCGUGCCGCGCGGACCAGUUAGUGAUACUUAUUGGCUCCGCACAUGUCCUGAGGGGUUCAGGAAACUGUUGAAUUGGAUUUGGACGAGAUAUGGGGUUCCUAUUUAUAUUACGGAGAAUGGUACAACGGCAAAGGGUGAGACGGAGCCUUCAAAAGAGGUUCUGAAUGACACGUUUAGAGUUGAAUUCUUUGAAGGGUAUGUCGGCUCCGUUGCAAAGGCAGUGAAGGAGGAUGGCGUGGAUAUUAGGAGCUAUUUUGCAUGGACGUUUACGGAUAACUGGGAAUGGCAAGCAGGUUAUUCGGAUAGGUUUGGAGUUACGUUUAUUGACUUCGAGUCGAAGGAGAAAACGCGCUAUCCAAAACGAUCCGCAACUGUGCUGAAAGAAAUGUUCCAGAAGCUUAUCAGUGAGAAGUAAAUUGGAGCAUGCAUCUAAGGUUAUAUAGACUGAAUUUACA